CAGGCGGCUCCAUCUGAGUGUGCCCCGUCCGCCGCCGCCCCCUUUGCCCCUUCCCCGCCCCACACCGUCGUCCCUGUGCCUGAGGAUUCGGAUGAAGCCGAGCCGCUUACCUGACUUUUGAGUCCGGCCAAUAAUCACUUUUGCCGUGUGGCGCGUGGCCCGUCGCUAGACGCUUCCCUGUGCGUUGUGUCGGUUGAUCCCCGCCGCAGCGCCGUGAGGCGGACCGGGCCUACUGUCUGGGUUUUGGGAUAGCUUUCCCGCCCCCACCCCAGUUGCAGCGGGGGAAGUUGAGGCUCAGGGACUGGGCCCAAGGACGGCGAGCUGCGGUUGCCUCUCCAGUCCGGGCCUCGCACUGCUGUACAUGGAUUGACCAGACCGACUGAGUGGUUAAGGGGUGAAGAGGGCACAUUUCAUUCAGAUGCUUCUGCCACGUCGAAAUUGUCUUCUUUGGGAAGAACCGUCCCUUCUUUGGGCUUCAGAGGCCCAAAUUGAGGCGCAGUGAUGACAGAAUGUGGUGGUCCAGUCUGAUGUCAAUCUUGAGGGCUAGUUCUUUUUGGAGGCGGAUAUCUGCUCAGACAGUAAGAAUUAUAAGAGCUCUGAGAGCUCAUUUCAAAGGAAUAAUGGAUGAACCAUCUCCCUUGGCCAAACCUCUGGAGCUGAACCAGCACUCCCGAUUCAUAAUUGGUUCUGUGUCUGAAGAUAACUCAGAGGAUGAGAUCAGCAGCCUGGUGAAGCUAGACCUACUGGAGGAGAAGGAGGGCUCCCUGUCACCAGCUUCUGUCAGCUCAGAUACACUCUCUGACUUAGGAAUCUCUAGCCUACAGGAUGGCGUGGCUUUACACAUGAGGUCCAGCAUGUCUGGCUUGCACCUAGUAAAGCAAGGUCGAGACCGAAAGAAAAUAGACUCACAGCGAGAUUUCACUGUGGCUUCUCCAGCAGAAUUUGUUACUCGCUUCGGGGGAAACAAAGUGAUUGAGAAGGUUCUUAUUGCUAACAAUGGCAUUGCAGCAGUGAAAUGCAUGCGGUCUAUCCGGAGGUGGUCUUAUGAAAUGUUCCGAAAUGAGCGUGCAAUCCGAUUUGUUGUCAUGGUCACACCCGAAGACCUUAAAGCCAAUGCAGAAUACAUUAAGAUGGCCGAUCACUAUGUGCCAGUGCCUGGAGGACCAAACAAUAACAACUAUGCAAAUGUGGAAUUAAUUCUUGAUAUUGCUAAAAGGAUCCCGGUACAAGCAGUGUGGGCUGGCUGGGGUCAUGCUUCUGAGAAUCCCAAGCUCCCUGAACUUCUUUUGAAAAAUGGCAUCGCCUUCAUGGGUCCUCCAAGCCAAGCCAUGUGGGCAUUGGGUGAUAAGAUUGCAUCUUCCAUAGUGGCUCAAACUGCAGGUAUCCCAACUCUUCCCUGGAGUGGCAGUGGUCUUCGUGUGGACUGGCAGGAAAAUGAUUUUUCAAAACGUAUCUUAAAUGUUCCCCAGGAACUAUAUGAAAAAGGUUAUGUGAAGGAUGUGGACGAUGGGCUGAAGGCAGCAGAGGAAGUUGGAUAUCCUGUAAUGAUCAAGGCUUCAGAAGGAGGAGGAGGGAAGGGAAUCAGAAAAGUCAACAAUGCAGAUGAUUUCCCUAACCUCUUCAGACAGGUUCAAGCUGAAGUCCCUGGAUCUCCUAUAUUUGUGAUGAGACUAGCCAAACAAUCUCGUCAUCUGGAGGUGCAGAUCCUAGCAGAUCAGUAUGGCAAUGCUAUCUCUUUGUUUGGUCGAGACUGCUCUGUACAGCGCAGGCAUCAAAAGAUUAUUGAAGAGGCACCUGCUGCUAUUGCUACUCCAGCAGUAUUUGAACAUAUGGAACAGUGUGCAGUAAAACUUGCCAAAAUGGUUGGUUAUGUGAGUGCUGGGACUGUGGAAUACCUGUAUAGCCAGGAUGGCAGCUUCUACUUUCUGGAACUGAAUCCUCGGCUACAGGUGGAACAUCCUUGUACAGAGAUGGUGGCUGAUGUUAAUCUCCCUGCAGCACAACUCCAGAUUGCCAUGGGGAUCCCUCUAUAUCGAAUCAAGGAUAUUCGUAUGAUGUAUGGGGUAUCUCCCUGGGGUGAUGCUCCCAUUGAUUUUGAAAACUCUGCUCAUGUUCCUUGCCCAAGAGGCCAUGUUAUUGCUGCUAGGAUCACUAGUGAAAAUCCAGAUGAGGGUUUUAAGCCCAGCUCCGGAACAGUUCAGGAACUAAAUUUCCGCAGCAAUAAGAAUGUUUGGGGUUAUUUCAGUGUUGCUGCUGCUGGGGGACUUCAUGAAUUUGCUGAUUCUCAGUUUGGACACUGCUUUUCCUGGGGAGAAAACAGAGAGGAAGCAAUUUCAAACAUGGUGGUAGCUUUGAAGGAGCUAUCUAUUCGGGGUGACUUUCGAACUACAGUUGAAUACCUGAUCAAAUUGUUAGAGACUGAAAGCUUUCAGUUGAAUAGAAUUGACACUGGCUGGCUGGACAGACUGAUAGCAGAAAAAGUACAGGCAGAGCGACCUGACACAAUGUUGGGAGUUGUAUGUGGAGCUCUCCAUGUGGCAGAUGUGAGCCUGCGGAAUAGCAUCUCUAACUUCCUUCACUCCUUAGAAAGGGGUCAAGUCCUUCCUGCUCAUACACUUCUGAAUACAGUAGAUGUUGAACUUAUCUAUGAAGGAGUCAAAUAUGUACUUAAGGUGACACGACAGUCCCCCAACUCCUAUGUGGUGAUCAUGAACGGCUCAUGUGUGGAAGUAGAUGUGCAUCGGCUGAGUGAUGGAGGACUACUCUUAUCCUAUGAUGGCAGCAGUUAUACCACAUACAUGAAGGAGGAAGUGGAUAGGUAUCGCAUCACAAUUGGCAAUAAAACCUGUGUGUUUGAGAAGGAAAAUGACCCAUCAGUGUUGCGCUCGCCUUCUGCUGGGAAGUUAAUCCAGUACAUUGUGGAGGAUGGAGGCCAUGUAUUUGCUGGCCAAUGCUAUGCUGAGAUUGAGGUGAUGAAGAUGGUGAUGACCUUAACAACUGCAGAGUCUGGCUGUAUCCAUUAUGUCAAACGGCCUGGAGCAGCUCUUGACCCUGGCUGUGUAAUAGCCAAAAUGCAGUUGGACAACCCCAGCAAAGUUCAGCAAGCUGAGCUUCACACGGGUAGUCUGCCACAGAUCCAGAGCACAGCACUCAGAGGCGAGAAGCUCCAUCGAGUGUUCCACUAUGUCCUGGAUAAUCUGGUCAAUGUGAUGAAUGGAUACUGCCUUCCAGAUCCCUUUUUCAGCAGCCGGGUAUAUGAAGCACUUCUCUUGGGGAAAGGAUAUAUGAAUGGGGUAAAAGAUUGGGUAGAGCGAUUGAUGAAGACCCUCAGAGAUCCCUCCCUGCCUCUCCUAGAAUUGCAAGAUAUCAUGACCAGUGUCUCUGGCCGUAUCCCCCCCAAUGUGGAGAAGUCUAUCAAGAAGGAAAUGGCUCAGUAUGCUAGCAACAUCACAUCAGUCCUCUGUCAGUUUCCCAGCCAGCAGAUUGCCAACAUCCUUGAUAGCCAUGCGGCUACAUUGAACCGGAAAUCUGAACGGGAAGUCUUCUUCAUGAACACUCAGAGCAUUGUCCAGCUGGUACAGAGAUACCGAAGUGGCAUUCGAGGCCACAUGAAGGCUGUGGUGAUGGAUCUGCUCCGACAGUACUUGCGAGUAGAGACACAGUUUCAGAAUGGACACUAUGACAAAUGUGUAUUUGCCCUUCGGGAAGAGAACAAAAGUGACAUGAACACUGUACUGAACUACAUCUUCUCUCAUGCUCAAGUCACCAAGAAGAAUCUUCUGGUGACAAUGCUUAUUGAUCAGUUGUGUGGCCGGGACCCUACCCUCACUGAUGAGCUGCUGAAUAUACUCACAGACCUAACUCAACUGAGUAAGACCACUAAUGCUAAAGUGGCACUGCGAGCACGCCAGGUUCUUAUUGCCUCCCAUUUGCCAUCAUAUGAGCUUCGCCAUAACCAAGUAGAGUCUAUCUUCCUAUCAGCUAUUGACAUGUAUGGACAUCAGUUUUGCAUUGAGAACCUGCAGAAACUCAUCCUAUCUGAAACAUCUAUUUUUGAUGUCCUACCAAACUUCUUCUAUCAUAGCAACCAGGUAGUGAGGAUGGCAGCUCUGGAGGUGUAUGUUCGAAGGGCUUACAUCGCCUAUGAACUUAACAGCGUACAACACCGCCAGCUUAAAGACAACACCUGCGUGGUGGAAUUCCAGUUCAUGCUACCCACAUCUCAUCCAAACAGAGGGAACAUCCCCACGCUAAACAGAAUGUCCUUCUCCUCCAACCUCAACCACUAUGGCAUGACUCAUGUAGCUAGUGUCAGCGAUGUACUGUUGGACAACUCAUUCACUCCACCAUGUCAGCGGAUGGGUGGAAUGGUCUCUUUUCGAACUUUUGAAGAUUUUGUCAGGAUCUUUGAUGAAGUCAUGGGCUGCUUCUGUGACUCUCCACCCCAAAGCCCCACAUUCCCUGAGGCAGGUCACACAUCUCUAUAUGAUGAAGACAAGGUCCCCAGGGAUGAACCAAUUCACAUUCUGAAUGUGGCUAUUAAGACUGACUGUGAUAUUGAAGAUGACAGGCUGGCAGCUAUGUUCAGAGAGUUUACCCAGCAAAACAAAGCUACCCUGGUUGAACAUGGGAUCCGGCGCCUUACUUUCUUGGUUGCACAAAAGGAUUUCAGAAAACAGGUCAACUGUGAGGUGGAUCAAAGAUUUCAUAGAGAAUUCCCUAAAUUUUUCACGUUCCGAGCAAGGGAUAAGUUUGAGGAGGAUCGUAUCUAUCGUCACCUGGAGCCUGCUCUGGCUUUCCAGUUAGAGUUGAACCGGAUGAGAAAUUUUGACCUCACUGCCAUUCCAUGUGCUAAUCAUAAGAUGCACCUGUAUCUUGGGGCAGCCAAGGUGGAAGUGGGCACAGAAGUGACAGACUACAGGUUCUUUGUUCGUGCAAUCAUCAGACAUUCUGAUCUGGUCACCAAGGAAGCUUCUUUUGAAUAUCUACAAAAUGAAGGGGAGCGGCUGCUCCUGGAAGCCAUGGAUGAAUUAGAAGUUGCUUUUAACAAUACAACUGUCCGCACUGAUUGUAACCACAUCUUCCUCAACUUUGUACCCACAGUCAUCAUGGACCCGUCAAAGAUUGAGGAGUCUGUGCGGAGCAUGGUAAUGCGCUAUGGAAGUCGGCUGUGGAAAUUGCGCGUCCUCCAGGCAGAACUGAAAAUCAACAUUCGCCUGACACCAACUGGAAAAGCAAUUCCCAUCCGCCUCUUCCUGACAAACGAGUCUGGCUAUUACUUGGACAUCAGCCUAUACAAGGAAGUAACUGAUUCCAGGACAGCACAGAUCAUGUUUCAGGCAUAUGGAGAUAAACAGGGACCACUGCAUGGAAUGUUAAUCAAUACUCCAUAUGUGACCAAAGACCUGCUUCAGUCAAAGAGGUUCCAGGCACAGUCCUUAGGGACAACAUACAUAUAUGAUAUCCCUGAGAUGUUUCGGCAGUCCCUGAUCAAACUCUGGGAGUCUAUGUCCACUCAGGCAUUCCUUCCAUCACCCCCUCUGCCUUCUGACAUGCUGACAUAUACCGAACUGGUGUUGGAUGAUCAAGGUCAGCUGGUCCAGAUGAACAGGCUUCCAGGAGGAAAUGAGAUUGGCAUGGUAGCUUGGAAAAUGACCCUUAAAAGUCCCGAAUAUCCAGAAGGCCGAGAUAUCAUUGUUAUUGGCAAUGAUAUCACAUACCGAAUUGGGUCCUUUGGGCCCCAGGAGGAUUUGUUGUUUCUCAGAGCUUCUGAACUUGCCAGGGCAGAGGGUAUCCCACGCAUCUUUGUAGCAGCCAACAGUGGAGCAAGAAUUGGACUGGCAGAAGAAAUUCGUCAUAUGUUUCAUGUGGCCUGGGUGGAUCCUGAGGAUCCUUACAAGGGUUACAAGUAUUUAUAUCUGACCCCUCAAGAUUAUAAGAGAGUCAGUGCUCUCAACUCUGUCCAUUGUGAACACGUGGAGGAUGAGGGAGAAUCCAGGUACAAGAUAACAGAUAUUAUUGGGAAAGAAGAGGGACUUGGAACAGAGAACCUUCGAGGUUCUGGAAUGAUUGCUGGAGAAUCCUCUUUGGCCUAUGAUGAGAUCAUCACUAUCAGCCUGGUGACAUGCCGGGCCAUUGGGAUUGGGGCUUACAUUGUUCGUCUGGGACAGAGAACCAUCCAGGUUGAGAAUUCUCACUUAAUUCUGACAGGAGCUGGGGCCCUCAACAAAGUCCUCGGGAGGGAAGUGUACACCUCCAAUAAUCAGCUCGGGGGCAUCCAGAUCAUGCACAACAAUGGGGUGACCCACAGCACCGUUUGUGAUGACUUUGAAGGGGUUUUCACCAUCCUGCACUGGCUGUCUUACAUGCCUAAGAGCAUGCACAAUUCAGUUCCUCUCCUGAACUCCAAGGAUCCUAUAGAUAGGAUCAUCGAGUUUGUUCCCACAAAGGCCCCAUAUGAUCCUCGAUGGAUGCUAGCAGGCCGUCCUCAUCCAACCCAAAAAGGUCAGUGGUUGAGUGGAUUUUUUGACUAUGGAUCUUUCUCAGAGAUUAUGCAGCCCUGGGCACAGACUGUAGUGGUUGGUAGAGCCAGGCUAGGAGGAAUACCUGUGGGAGUAGUUGCUGUAGAAACCCGAACAGUAGAACUAAGUAUCCCAGCUGAUCCUGCAAACCUAGAUUCUGAAGCCAAGAUAAUCCAGCAGGCUGGCCAGGUGUGGUUCCCAGACUCUGCGUUUAAGACCUAUCAGGCUAUCAAGGACUUCAACCGGGAAAGGCUGCCUCUGAUGGUCUUUGCCAACUGGAGGGGCUUCUCUGGUGGGAUGAAAGAUAUGUAUGACCAAGUGCUGAAGUUCGGUGCUUACAUUGUGGAUGGCUUGCGGGAGUGCUCCCAGCCUGUGAUGGUGUACAUUCCUCCCCAGGCCGAGCUGCGAGGUGGCUCCUGGGUCGUGAUUGACCCCACCAUCAACCCCCGGCACAUGGAGAUGUAUGCUGACCGAGAAAGCAGGGGAUCGGUUCUGGAGCCAGAAGGGACAGUAGAAAUCAAAUUCCGCAAAAAAGAUCUGGUGAAAACCAUGCGUAGGGUGGACCCAGUCUACAUCCGCUUGGCUGAGCGAUUGGGCACUCCAGAGCUAAGCUCAGCUGAGCGGAAGGAGCUGGAGAACAAGUUGAAGGAGCGGGAGGAAUUCCUAAUUCCCAUUUACCACCAGGUAGCUGUGCAGUUUGCUGACUUGCAUGACACCCCAGGCCGGAUGCAGGAGAAGGGUGUUAUUAACGACAUACUGGAUUGGAAAACAUCCCGAACCUUCUUCUACUGGCGGCUGAGGCGUCUCCUGCUGGAGGACCUGGUCAAGAAGAAAAUCCACAAUGCAAACCCCGAGCUGACUGAUGGCCAGAUCCAGGCCAUGUUAAGGCGCUGGUUUGUGGAAGUGGAAGGAACGGUGAAGGCCUAUGUUUGGGACAAUAAUAAGGAUCUGGUGGAGUGGCUGGAGAAACAGCUGACAGAAGAAGAUGGAGUUCGCUCAGUCAUAGAGGAAAACAUCAAAUGUAUCAGCAGAGACUACGUCCUCAAGCAGAUCCGCAGUUUGGUACAGGCUAAUCCAGAGGUUGCCAUGGAUUCCAUCAUUCACAUGACCCAGCACAUCUCACCCACUCAGCGAGCAGAAGUUGUACGGAUCCUCUCCACAAUGGAUUCCCCUUCAACAUAGGAAUGGCUUCCUGGCCAUCCCUGCCCUGUCUCUGGAGAAAAGGACUAGAACUGCCUUUUACAACUGAAACCACUGUAAUCAGAAGGCACGGGAGACCCAGCACUGGAGUCAAAGUGGCAUUUUGCUUCUCUUCGAGUGUUUCAGGUUGUGUAUGACAUCCUGGGAUAUAGGAUCACAAAGCUCCCACUGGUCACACCCAUCCCAUUCAGUAUUUAUUACCCUGGCUGUGAGUACAGUCCCCUCUCCCUGCAGAGGACUGAAACCAAUGAAGGGUACAAGCAUGUACCAUGAGGUCUUAGUACACAAAAGGAGGGCUGCCCUUCCUGUCCUGACAGUCCCUUGGCCCCAGCACAGGGAACUGUGAGGAGCUGCCAGGCAGCCCCCUCACCCUGGCCCCAUGAGCCGCAGCCACAGGCAGCAGAGGAGGGCUGAGGUCUUGGGAGAGGAGGAAGCCUCAAGUCCGUUGUUUAUUACCCCCACAUUCAGUGUAGCACACAGUAGGCACUGGAGAGGAGUCAUUCCCAGGUUAACCACACUGAGGUACCUGUUUAUGAAGAAAAAUUAGGGCAUGAAAUCUACCGCAAACUCCAUGGGAACUUAAAGAUGGGGUCAAAACCAUGACUCAAGAAGCAGAGAAAGAAAUAGAUCAAGGUAUUAUUCUUGAUUUAAGGGUCUCAAUCUUGAGUUAAAUUCUCUUAGAACAAAUGGAAAGAUAGUUGACCUACCACCAUCCUACAUAUCACUGCUCAACUAGCUGUUACACCUCGCUGGGAGCUACAAGGCCUGACUGUGAGGCCCCAGCCGUCAGCCAGGGCUCCCACAGGCAGUGCUAUAGGCUGAGUUGGCAGGGGAGCAGCCAAAGGAAAAUGCCCUUUCUGUCACCGAUGGAAACUAAUUACUCAUGCCAUAGGGUGAGUGCGCCAGAUAGUCUCUCUCUUUUGGACUCAGAAGGUUGUUGUUAUGAAGCCUGGAGCUUUGAUAGUCACAAGAGGUUAAUAGUGCCUACAGUCACUCGUCCCUAUUUCCAGAGCAACUCUCCUAACGGCUGACAUUCCUACUCCCCUUGGGUCUUGUCUCUUCCCCAGAAUGUACAUAGGCAACAGGUAUAGCAGGUCUCCCUGCAGCUGCUGAAAGGACCCUGGUGACAGCUGUGCUGUCAGCACCAGAAACUGGCCCUCCUGGGUGGGGAGGCUUGCAGGGAACACAGAAUCCACAUGACCUUAAGAUUCUUCACAACUCAGUCAUGGUGCUGCUGUCUACCAGGCUUACUGGUCCCUUCCGGCCAGCAGCAGGGGCCUCCUCAGGGGUGGUGGAGAGCAUUUAUAUUCAACAACUAGUCUAUUCAAGAAAAAAGCUUACUGGUUCCCCCAUUGGUAUUCCUAAAGCAAGAGUGGCAGGUGAUCGGGUAAGAAAGCAUCCGGCUCCUGCAGUGCAGUAAUUGCAUUUGUCACUGACGACCAAGGAGGAAAUCACUAAAAUAUUUUAGGAGUAGUGGUAUGAAUACUUUUGUAUAGCUACAGUUUUGAGCCUUAACCCUACAGUUCACAUACAAGAAAGAGCUCCAUCUACCCUUCUUCAGGACCUAUUUGUUCAGAUGGACUGGCUGGACUUCCCAACAGUUCCAGAUCACAGAUGGGAACUAUACAGCUGGAUACGUAGCCAACUGUCCCCAGGAGUCAGCACCUCAGCCAGGCUGCCCUGGUGGAAGGUGCAGGUGUUUAGCACCUUCAAAGAAGGGCAUAAAAAAGGUGGGGAACAAUUCUCAGUCCAGGAAGAAGACCAGAACGAAGUCCACGGUUACUGUGUAUUUGCCUACCUAGUAAGAACUGGAUUCAUCUUUGACCAGAAUAUUCCUCUAUACUUUUCUGCAAUAAAUCAAAUCCCACACAUCUAACAGGUAGUAUGAAGUCCUAUACUCCCCAGGAGACCUGUCCUGGCAUCUCUUCAGAGGCACGGUGGGUUACGCUCCCAUCUCCCCACCAAAUUAUAACACAAAGGAACACUUUUCCCCUCUAGAACCCUGUAAUGCCUAUUCCCCCAUCCCCAGAGCUCCUCACUUCAGGUCUUACCCUGGAUGGGGAUUUUUCAUAUAGAAAAGUCAGAAAAAGCCACAGAAUGUGUUCAAUCUGAUAUUCCCCCAACCCAUUACACAUGCAAGGUUACUGAGGCAGGAGAAGUGUAAACAUCAUAUUGACUAGGACUUGCUGAACUGAGAUUGCCAUAUUAUCUGUUCACUUUGCUCACAAAGCAGCCUUCACUUGUCUCAGUGAGAAUUUGAUGGACACAUCCCCUGAUGAGCAAGGAGCUUCAGUCAGGUGCACUUUUCACAUUUUGUUGAAAUAAACCUCCACAUUUGUAGAAGA